AUGCCUAUGGAAGGAGGGAAAACUGAUAUGGAGAGGAUUGGCCUGUUCAGUGAGAUGGAAUAUGUUACUGUUGGUGAUAAAUAUGUGUCAUCAUUUAAUCGACCCUUUAAUGAGGCUGCAAGCAAAAAUAAACAGAUGCUACCUGGGGGAUCCAAAGAAAUGUCAAAUCUCCAGGCAGGUUAUUUUGAUCCCCAUUUUGUAAGGAUAUUUGAAGGUGAAGGCUAUGUAAAUCUGAAUCAAGUGAGGAGACGGCAUAUGAUGGAAGAAGCAAAAAAAAAUCUAGGCAAAGCCUUCCUCCCUAGUAGUGGAGAUAAAAAGCCAUGUGGUUUAGGAAGCUACUAUGGAACAUUAGGUGGUCCUGUGCCAUUCUUCAGUGCACAGUCAAGACCCAGAGAAAAAUAUGAGGCACCUGGAAAGAAUUUAUACACAAACCCAGGAAAGAAAGGAACUGGAUAUGGCUAUGCAAAUAUUACCAUAGGUAAACAGUUUUCACACUCUGCUGAUUUCUACGAUGCACCCAAACUAAAUUAUAAGAAAGAGAAUGAAGAACACCAUCGUUUAGCUAAAGGAACACCUUUCAAGUUAAACCUUUACCCAAGGGAAUAUUUUGAUAUCAAUCCUUAUUUGUUUGAGAAGUCUUUACCACCAAUUAAAAAAACAGAGAAGAAAGAAUUACUUGCACACCCCUUUAAGCCCUCUUCUCCCGGUAAAAAGGCUGGUGGAAUGAAGGCAGGAACAUUUGACCCUUACCCUUCACAUUCUGCUGACCCUUAUGUGGUUAAAUUGGCAAACCAGAUUUCCAGCAAAGGUGCUAAGAUUUUCCACCCACCAAGUGGACCAAAGAGCAGACCAAUUGAAAGUAUAAUGACCUUGAAUGUCAAAAGGGCACUAAAUACGAAGAACUACAAGACUGCUUCAGUACAGUCCUAUUAG